GCCAUGGCUUCUUCCACCAUUAUUGAAGCCUGUAAGAGUAGAAAGAGAAACCGAAAGCCAUUUGUAUUCGAAACAUUUGCAACUGGAAACUCCAUUGACGGUUUUUCAGGACCUUUUAAAGACAAUAUUCGAAUGUUCCUCCAAGAAUUUGCUAAUAUUGAAGAUUACACAGUCGCUGGUUUUCCAAUUUGGUCCACUUGGUUGAUUUCUAACUCAACCGGUGCAGUUUUCCCACUCUACACCAUUGAAGAAACCACUCAACUCUCUCUUCAACCUUUCUGUGAUCACUGCAAAUUCUCUGGAUGGGGUCACCAUUAUGUGUCGAAAAGAAGGUACCAUUUGAUAAUACCGGCAAAUGAGAAAUGGGAAAAGCCAUUGGGAAGCGAUUCAUUUGAAAUCGGUACUCAUGUUUUGCAUGGUUUGAUUCAUUGCAAUGGUUAUGGCCAUUUGUUGUCCAUUAAUAAUGGCGUUGUCAAUGGGGAUUCAAAUUUGCUCUCUGGAACUGAUUUCAUGGAUUUCUGGGAUCGUCUUUGUACAAUCUUCAAAACCAGGAAAAUUUCGGUGAAUGAUGUGUCAAAGAAGAGAGGUAUGGAUUUGAGGUUGCUUCAUGGUGUUGCUUAUGGACAAUCUUGGUUUGGAAAAUGGGAUUACAGAUUUGGCCGUGGAAGCUAUGGAGUGACUGAGCAGAAAUAUGAAAUUGCUGUUCAAUUCCUAAGCUCAUUAGGACUUGACAAGAUUUUGAAUGAUUUCAAAAAGGAUAUUCCGAAAAGAAUGAAAAUCAAGCAGAUUAUUGGUACCCACAGAGAAUUGAGUGAAGUCCCAUUGAUCACAAUCAGUGACUUGUUCCAAUUCAUGCUUGCUUUUAAGUCUAAAGCUCCGUUUCAUAGCAAGAUGAAGCUUGAAAAUAGUGAUGAUUGCUGGUGUGAUCCUGAUAUAGGAGAGAAAAAUAGGCCAAUUAGUAUGGAUACAUUUGUGAAUUUGAUGGCUAACAAUGAUUGUAGAUGGCCUGCUAGACGGCUAGAAUUUGUGCUAAUAGUGAUUGUGAAUUUGCUGAAAGAAAAUCAAGAAAAUGUGAACAGAAAUUAUGGGAUGACAAGGCAGGACUUGAGAGAUGAGGCAAGAAAAUGCAUUGGUGACACUGGUUUGAUUGAUUUUGUGCUGAAAUCUAUCAGAUGUUUUCAAUUGGGAAACCAAAUUAUUCGUCGGUCCAUUAACCCAAAUACUAAGUUAUUAGAAUUCACUAUCCAUGAAGCUGCUACUAAGGAAGCAGAAUCAGUAAGGUUUCCAUUUUUGGACAUGGAUUCUGGUUGCAGGUGGACUGAGAGAAAGGUGAAAAAAGCUGCAGAGUUUAUUUUGAAAAUCUUGAGAGCACACAAUGGUGAUGGUGCAAUGUCUAGGCAGGAGCUACGUGACAAGGCUAGGACAACUAUUCGUGACACCGGGUUGAUUGAUUACGUGCUGAAAUCCUUAAACAAAUCCAUGCUGGGAAACAAGAUCAUUUUUCGAUCAAAAAACCCGUCUACUAAAAGGAUUGAAUUUGCAUUUGAAGAUAUUGUUGAUGCAAGCAGAGUUGACAACAUUGAGUUAGACUUCAAUAUUGAUCAAGAUCUUGAGUACUUGUAUGAAACAGUGCUUUUGAGUUACCCAGGGUCUGACUCGGUGAGUUUGGCUACUCGGGUUGUCUUGGACAGCAAGAAAUUUGUUAAAAAGUGGAAGCUUGAGAAUCAAGAAAGCCAAAUAAUGGCAUUAACAUGUAAAGUCUUGCCGAGUUUCGACGAGUUAGAGAGUGAGUUGACACGGCCAUUGUCACCUGGUGUUGUUGUUUAUGUUCCCCCUUGGAUUACAAUACGUGAGCUUAAGGGGGUGGCACAAUUUGCAUUAAGGGAUACUUAUUGCAUAAUGCAAAACUUUGUAGUAACACAAAUUGGUGGUUUGAAGGGAAUAGAGGAUAAAAGGAUGCUAUCUUGCGCAGUGGGCAGAGAUGCACACGUUUGGGUGAGAGGGCGUGGGCUGGACUUGGAUACUGAAUUGAGGUAUGAAGGUGGGCCCAUAAAGUUAAAGGUGGAUUGCAUUUGUGGGGCCAGGGAUGAUGAUGGGGAGAGAAUGGUAAAUUGUGAUGCUUGCCAAGUUUGGUUUCACACAAUGUGCUCUGGCAUUGAUGAUCAUGAGGAGGUACCAGCAGUUUUCUUGUGUGAGAGUUGCAGAAAACUUUUAAUUUGAUAUCAGAUAUUAGUAGUACAAACUGAAUUAUCAAAUCUAAUACUGUAGAUUUAUCAAAAAAUAUAAACAUAUUCAUGAAUUAUGCUGACUGGACUGAAAGGCUGCAGCUUGUCCUGUUAUCACUCACGUGCAGUGGAGAACUGAAGAACAUGAACUGGUGUUUAGUAGGUGACCAUUUGUGUAAGCAGGGGAUAGUUUUGG